AUGCCCGCCAAAUGGCGGGCCGUAGUUGUUUGGACAGCUCCAAAAGUAAAUAAAAUCACUAAGCGGAGCGUUUUGGAAUCUGGUCUAUCGAUACCUCGAGCGCGAACGGUGGAAGUUGGCGGAGAUGAUGGACGUCAAUCAAAUUUGUUGACCAACGUUUGUUUUCUUUCCACCACCAUCAACGACGUACUCAAGGACCUGCACUAUCGACAAGUGGCAUCAGCCCAUCAACCGAGCAAGGCCAUGAACACUGGGGAUUCGGAGUCGACAACUGCAUCAGGCCUCGAAGAUACGGUUGAUACGUUCAAGACGUUGAAAAUUGAAAAGUGCCCCCAGCAGCGAGGCGGAGAAGCGUCUGAAGGAAAAAGAAGAGAGGAGGCAGCGGAGGAAGGCGAGGAAGUAGCUGAAGAGGCUGGUGUUGUUGGCGAUGGGGAGGAGCUUGAAGGGUUUCAGGGGAGUGGUGGGUUGGCGUCGCUGAAGCGGCCUAGUGGUGCUGGUGGGGGGACGACGGCUACAUCUUAUUCGGGGUCUCACUCCCGUUCACAAUCCCAAUCCCACACUCAAUCCCAGCACUCGAGAAACGGUUUCGGCACUUUGUAUCCGCCCCUCCUCCAACAGCAGCAGAAGACGACGAAAAUGCAGAUCUCGGCGGGACCCUCUACGCGCGCGAGAAAUCAAAAAGCGGCACUCACUCGAACGGAGGAACCUCAGAUUCACGUCAUAAUCGGUCUUCUUCAAGCCAUACCUCCGCGUCUGCGUCUGAUCGACCUCAUCACACCCUUACAUCUCACAUUCCACCUUUCCUGUCAUUGGGAAACUGCCACCAGGUGCACCGAUCCGUCCACCAGCCUCUAG